UAGUUUGGUAAGAGUUUAUGUAAAUUAAAAUCUCAGAUUGCACAAAAAGACACCCAAGAAGAAACCCAACAAAAGGAAAAAAUAAAAUUGGAAAAAUAAUAAAAACAAAAGAAAACGGCUCAAUUUUAUUUUCUUUCUUUCUUAGUCCAUCUUAGUAUCUUACUUACUUUUAAACCUUUUUCUUUUCACAUCUAAAUAAAUAAAACGUUCAAAUGCACAAUACCCAAGAAAAGUUGCAGAUUCUCCAUGUACAUUACUUCCCCAGCUAUUAAUUAUCCCUUCUCCUAACUUCAUCUUCUUUAACUCUCUCUCCUCUUUCUCUCUCUAGAAACAAGCAAAAGUGAGCAAAAGGCUUCUUCUUUUUACCUUAAAGGGCCCUGCUUUGAGGGCUACAUCACUCUUCAUGUGUGGUUACUUAAUGGGGUUUCAUUACUUUCAUCUUACUGCCAUUAUCGACCACUAGAAAGGGGUAUUUGAGUUUUUCAUUGUUCUGCUUGAUUCAUUGACAUAUUAGCUCAAAGGGUCUGCAAAUGGUGGAUGUGGGUUUUUGAGUAGUUGAGCUUAGAAAGCAAUUUUAGUACAAAUCUUGGAGGAAUUGUGUUUGGUUCCUUGCUGGGAAUUUCUGGUGUGGUCUCGAAAUGAGGAGCAUUUAUGGUUUUUAUUUGAUUGUGGUGAUUUAUUUUGGUAUGUACAUUAGCACGUUUUGUCAGGAGGAUUCGGAUGAAGACAUUACAGCUAUUUAUAUUGUUACUCUUAAAGAAGCUCAAACUACUACUCAUUACUAUAAUGAGAUGAGAAGUGUCAAUCAUAGUUCCAAACUUGGUGGUUAUGGAAAGUUCGACGUUCAUAAAAGAAGAUUUAGAAACAUUUCGAAAACGGAUCGGCGCUAUGGUUCUUAUAUUGCACGAGUUCAUGAUUCAUUAUUGAGGAGGACUUUCAAAGGGGAAAAGUAUCUGAAGCUGUACAGUUACCAUUACUUGAUUAAUGGAUUUGCUGUGUUUGUUACGCCAGAGCAGGCAGAUAAGCUUUCAAGGAGGAGAGAAGUGGCUAAUGUAGUUUUGGAUUUUUCCGUUAGAACGGCGACAACACAUACACCUCAGUUUUUGGGUUUGCCACAAGGAGCUUGGCCCCAACAAGGUGGAUAUGAAUCGGCCGGGGAAGGAAUUGUGAUUGGGUUUAUUGAUACUGGCAUUGAUCCAAAUCAUCCAAGUUUUGCAGAUGACACAAGUGAUAGUCAAUAUCCAGUUCCUCACCAUUUUCAAGGCAUUUGUGAAGUUACUCCAGAUUUUCCAUCAGGUUCAUGCAAUAGGAAGCUUGUUGGGGCUCGACAUUUUGCAGCAUCAGCUAUAACCAGGGGAAUCUUUAAUGCAUCUCAGGACUAUGCUUCGCCAUUUGAUGGUGAUGGCCAUGGAACGCACACAGCCUCUGUUGCAGCAGGAAACCACGGGGUUCCAGUCAUUGUAUCCGGGCAUUGCUUUGGAAAUGCAAGUGGGAUGGCUCCUCGUUCACAUGUUGCUGUUUACAAGGCAUUGUACAAGAGUUUUGGAGGCUUUGCUGCAGAUGUUGUUGCUGCAAUAGACCAGGCUGCUCAGGAUGGGGUAGAUAUAAUAAGCUUGUCAAUCACUCCAAACAGGCGUCCUCCUGGUAUUGCAACAUUUUUUAAUCCCAUAGACAUGGCACUCUUAUCAGCUGUGAAGGCUGGCAUAUUCGUUGUACAAGCAGCUGGAAACACUGGACCAUCACCAAAAAGUAUGUCUUCAUUUAGCCCAUGGAUCUUCACAGUGGGCGCUGCUUCUCAUGAUAGGAUUUACAGUAACUCUAUAGUCCUUGGCAACAAUGUUUCUAUUCAAGGAGUUGGUCUUGCUCCUGGAACUGAGAAUGAUACAAUGUACACACUAGUUUUGGCUGUUCAUGCGUUAAACAACGACACAACAGUUACUGAUGAUAUGUAUGUGGGUGAAUGCCAAGACUCAAGUAACUUCGACGGUGAUAUUGUCCAAGGAAAUCUUUUAAUUUGUAGCUAUUCAAUUCGAUUUGUGCUUGGAAUUUCCACAAUCAAACAAGCUCUUGAAACAGCCAAAAACUUAAGUGCAUUGGGUGUUGUGUUCUAUAUGGAUCCUUUUGUAAUUGGUUUUCAACUUAAUCCAGUUCCAAUGAAUAUGCCUGGUAUCAUAAUUCCAUCUCCUGAAGAUUCCAAGGUUUUACUCCAAUACUACAAUUCCUCUUUGGAGAAAGAGGGUAACAAAGUUGUAAAAUUUAAGGCUACUGCAAAACUUUGUGGUGGACUAAUGGCAAAUUUUAGUAAUUCUGCUCCAAAGAUAAUGUUUUACUCUGCUAGGGGACCAGAUCCAGAGGACAACUCACUUGAUGAUGCUGACAUUAUGAAACCCAACUUGGUAGCUCCUGGAAAUUUUAUAUGGGCUGCUUGGAGUUCUGCUGGAGCUGAUUCAGUUGAAUUCCUUGGUGAGAACUUUGCAAUGAUGUCUGGCACAAGCAUGGCUGCUCCUCACAUUUCCGGGCUUGCUGCCCUGAUUAAGCAGAAGUAUCCAAGUUUCAGUCCUUCAGCAAUUGCAUCCGCCCUUUCGACAACAGCUUCUCUAUAUGAUAGGCAUGGUGGGCCAAUAAUGGCUCAGCGUGCUUAUGCCAAUCCAGAUCAAAAUCAGUCUCCUGCGACACCUUUUGACAUGGGCAGUGGUUUUGUUAAUGCAACUGCAGCUUUGAAUCCAGGCCUGAUUUUUGAUUCCAGUUAUGAUGAUUAUAUGUCAUUUCUAUGUGGCAUCAAUGGAUCAGCUCCUGUGGUUAGGAACUACACAGGUCAAGACUGUUGGAUUUACAAUUCGACCAUCAAUGGCCCCGAUUUAAACCUGCCCUCAAUCACAUUAGCAAAACUAAACGAGUCAAGGACAGUCAUGAGAUCGGUGCUUAACAUCGCCGACAAUGAAACUUACAGUGUGGGCUGGAGCCCUCCUUUUGGAGUUUCAGCGAAAGUUUCUCCUUCUCACUUUUACAUUGGCAGUGGACAGAAGCAAGUGUUGACAAUAGUACUAAAUGCCACAGCCAACAACUCAGUAGCUAGCUUUGGAAGGAUUGGACUUUUUGGAAAUAAAGGUCAUGUUAUUAACAUUCCUUUGUCAGUUAUUGUGAAAACCACAUAUAAUAGUAACACAACAACUAACAGCUAAAUUUGGCUGAUACAUUUAUUAUUGUUAUUAAUAUUAUUAGUAUCUUCUUUUGCCA